AGGGUCACAGAGAUCGGUAUUUGGAUGAGGGACACAGAUGGGUGACAGGCAGCAUGGCACUAUCCAGCGAAUUGCAGUGCGAAGCUGUUGUCAAUCAGGUGGUCGGCCGUGUCAGAGCCUCGGGAUACAGUGAUGGAGUUUGCAACGAGCUCAGGGAGCACUUUGCGCGUCUUCCAUCACGAUACACGCUCAACAUUGAUGUGGAGCGGCAUGAGGAUGUCCUGCUUCAUAUGAAGCUCAUCCAGCAAGCACGGGAUGAAGAAAUCAGCUCUCGAGUUAAUUCCGUGGAAGCACCUUCUCUUCCGGUCGUAAAUGCUCGCAAAGUUCAGCUGGGGGGCGGCUUGGACACCGAUGCUGCUUGCAAUCAUGUGGGUUCUAGCUACAGUUGGCUUGCUGCCAUGUCGAAGUUACCCAAGCCAGCGUUUGGUUCCAGCACUAAUCUUGCGGGGAUUAUCGCUGGAAGCCCGGCUAAAGUUCAUCCGUCGUUUGGAAUCGGCAGUACACCUCCGGCGGCGAUUCCUCGUCCCAUGUUUGCUUCUUUGGAAACAGAAGAGCGGAGUGGUGGCUGCAGGUCGUGCUAUGGAUACGAACUGACUCUGGCUUCUUCGGACAGGCAUGGAUUGCUGAAGUUCUUCACGUCAGCUUUGAGUAACUCCUCGCUCGAGCUGAAUAUCAAGGAAGCACAUGUUUUCAGCACGACUGAUGGAAUGGCACUCGAAGUUUUUGUUGUUGACGGCUGGAUAGGGGAUGAUCCAGAAGAACUAAAGCAAGCCGUUUUGACGGCAUUGAGCUCCAACUUCACUGAAAGGGCACGACUUAGAGAAGUUGUCGAAAGCUUAGCUUAUGAGGACUGGGCUGUGGACUACAACAAUCUGCAUAUUGGCGCUAGGCUAGGAGGUGGCUCUUCUGGAAGACUAUAUCGUGGGAAGUACCGUGGCCAAGACGUGGCCAUCAAAGUGAUCAUGCUCGACGAAGCGGAUGGUCAUUCGGACUCUGGCACACUGCGUGGUGCUCCAGCUGCCGAGCUUCUUCAAGUUUUUAAGCAAGAGGUUUCAAUAAUGAGAAUGGUUCGGCACAAGAAUCUUGUUCAGUUUAUUGGAGCCUGUGCGAACUGGCCAAGACUGUGCAUUGUGACUGAGCUAAUGGCCGGUGGCAGUGUGCGAGAUGUUCUUGAAAGUCGGGAGGGCGGCCUUGAGGUUCCUGCCGCACUUAAGGUGCUUCGAGAUGCGGCAAAGGGAAUGGAUUUCUUGCAUAGAAGAGGAAUCGUGCAUCGGGAUUUGAAGUCUGCAAACUUGCUUAUUGACGAGCACGAUGUGGUCAAAGUUUGCGAUUUUGGUGUUGCCCGACUGAAGCCUUCGAAUGUAAAUCGUUCUGGCUCUGGGAACUGGCCUGCCGAAAUGACUGCUGAAACUGGCACAUAUCGCUGGAUGUCACCUGAGGUGCUGGAACACAAAGCGUACGAUCACAAGACCGAUGUCUACUCUUUCGGCAUCAUGAUCUGGGAACUUCUUACAGGUGAUAUACCUUAUUCCGAUUUAACACCACUUCAAGCGGCUAUAGGCGUGGUGCAAAGGGAGCUGCGGCCAUCAAUGCCUGCGUUCGUCCCUGAUAAGCUCGUUAAUCUCGCUGAGAGGUGUUGGAAUCAAGAUCCACAGCUACGACCCGAGUUUAGUGAAGUGUUGACCAUCAUUGAGGAGCUGCAGAAACCACCGGCUAACAACUGGAGGAAAAGUUUCUUUAGAAAAAAGAAGCCGUAGCUUGUUGGGAAAAACAUAUUCGAGACGGGAGUGCUUGUAGAGGUUUGAUAUCAAACACGUCUGAUUUGAGCCA